GAUCAUCCACUGCGCUCUGAGCGGAGAGAGAGGAGCUAACGGAGGGAGGGAAGAAGUCCGUCCCUUCACCUGAAGAUUACUUUGUUUCACACCGACUCGCUGGAGGGAGCGGAGUUGAUCAGGAGGUGUCAGUUCUCGGGUUUCCCCCCCUACAAAGCGCACGCACACACACAUACACACACACACACACACACACCGGACUUCACCUUCUCUGCAGAAAAACCUGGUGAUGAUCUGACGCUGCUGGAAGGACAGAGAGGAAGGAAGAGACGGAAAAGUGAGAAAACUGCAUCAGUGGGAAGAAGUUGAAAGAGGCUUCCUAAAGGACAGCAGCGAGAGAACCAGCUGCACCGGUGGAGGGAUUAAACACAGAGGAAAAGUCUCUUUAAAAAAAAACAUACACAGCUCACAAUGGGAGUGGGAUUGCAUCGUCCUGGCGUUGUCGGCGCCUUGCUCCCUGCGGUCCUGGGCGUUUUGACCUUCCUGCCUCUCGGCCUCCUGGGUAACCCCUCGGAGGGAGGAGAGCCAGCGGGCUCGGCGCUGCUGCAGAGGGUGAAGCGAGGCUGGGUGUGGAAUCAGUUCUUUGUCCUGGAGGAGUAUACCGGACUGGAGCCGCUCUACAUCGGAAAGCUCCACUCCGACAUGGACAAAGGCGACGGCUCCAUCAAGUACAUCCUGACGGGCGAGGGCGCCGGCAGCACCUUCACCAUCGACGACAGCACCGGCGACAUCCACGCCAUCCAAAGGCUCGACCGGGAGGUCAAGUCCCAGUACGUCCUUCGCGCCCAGGCCCGCAACCGCCUGACGGACCGGCCCCUGGAGCCCGAGUCCGAGUUCAUCGUCAAGAUCCAGGACAUCAAUGACAAUGAGCCGCGGUUCCUGGACGGACCCUACCGGGCCACCGUGCCCGAAAUGUCCAAAAUAGGAACGUCGGUGAUCCAGCUGACGGCCACAGACGCAGACGACCCCACGUAUGGAAACAGCGCCCGGGUGGUCUACAGCAUCCUGGACGGCCAGCCAUACUUCUCGGUGGACGCCAAGACCGGUGUGGUUCGUGUGUCCCUGGCGGACAUGGAUCGCGAGACCAGGGAAGACUACACCGUGGUCAUCCAGGCCAAGGACAUGGGCGGGCAGCUGGGGGGGCUGGCCGGGACCACCACCGUCAACAUCACGCUGAGCGACAUCAACGACAACCCGCCCAUGUUCGACCAGAGGCUGUACCAGAUGAGCGUGCCCGAGUCGGCCCCGGUGGGCUCGGUGGUGGGGCGGAUCUGGGCCAAGGACAAGGACAUCGGGGUCAACGCAGAGAUGAGGUACAGCAUCAUCGAUGGAGACGGGAGGGACACGUUCGACAUCAGCACUGACCCCACCAACCUCUUUGGCAUCAUCACCGUGAAAAAGUCGCUGAACUUUGAGGAGAAGCCCAGCUACACCCUGAAGGUGGAGGGAGCCAACACCCACCUGGACGCGGGCCUCCGCCACCGCGGGCCCUUCACCGACGUCACCAUCGUGCACGUGAGCGUGGAGGACGUGGACGAGCCGCCGCUGUUCGACGCGCCGGCGUACUACGUGGAGCUGAAGGAGGACGCGGAGGUCGGGACGGUGGUGAAGAACGUGUCGGCGAGGGACCCGGACGCAGCCAACAACACCGUGAGGUAUUCCAUCGAGAGGUCCAGCGACCCCGAGAAAUACUUCUACAUCGAGAUCACUUCCGGGUCGCUGAUGACGGUGCGUUCACUGGACCGGGAGGAAAACAGCUGGCACAACAUCACAGUGCUCGCCAUGGAGAUGAAUAACCCGACGCAGAUUUCCAGUGUGUCGGUGGCUGUGAGGGUCCUGGACGUUAACGAUAAUCCACCGUCGUUGACCGACUAUCUGGAGAUGUCUGUGUGUGAACAAACCAAGGCCGGAAUGGUGAUCCAGACCGUGACGGCCGUGGAUCCAGAUGAGCCUCGGGGAGGGCAACACUUCUCCUACAGCCUGGCUCCAGAGGCUGUAAACAACCCCAACUUCACCCUGAGGGACAACCAAGACAACACGGCAUCCAUCCUGACACGGCGCGGCGGCUGGUCGAAGCACGACCAGUCCGUCUUCUACCUGCCCAUCGUCAUCUCCGACGGGGAGCAGCCGGUCAAGUCCAGCACCAGCCUGCUGACCAUCUACGUGUGCAGCUGCAACCACGAGGGCUACAUCAUGUCGUGCAGCGCCGAGGCCUACAGCCUGCCCGCCAGCAUCAGCAGGGGGGCCCUCAUCGCCAUCCUGGCCUGCAUUUUCGUCCUGCUGGUGAUGAUCCUCCUCAUGCUCUCACUGCGAACGCACCGGAAGAAGCCCUACCUGUGCGACGAGGAGGAGAACGUGCACGAGAACAUCGUGCGCUACGACGACGAGGGCGGCGGUGAGGAGGACACCGAGGCCUUCGACAUCGCCGCCAUGUGGAACCCCCGCGAGGCGCACCACCACCACCCGAGCAAGCUGAGGCAGGACAUGCUGCCGGAGAUCGAGAGCCUGUCCCGCUACGUCCCGCAGGCGUGCGUCAUGGGCGGCGGCGGCGGCGGCGGGGACAGCAACGUGCACGGCUACGUGCUGGCGAAGCUCCUGGAGGCCGACGUGGACCCGUGCGCGCCGCCUUACGACUCGCUGCAGACCUACGCCUACGAGGGCGAGGGCUCGGUGGCCGAGUCGCUCAGCUCGCUCCAGUCGGGCACGUCGAACACCGACCACGAGUACGACUACCUGAACGACUGGGGGCCCCGCUUUAAAAAACUGGCCGAGAUGUACGGCGUGCUGGAGACGACCAGUCCUCCCAUGUGGUAGGGCAACAGGACCUUUCCUUCAAAAAAACCACACGAGGAGAUGAAGACACAAGCGGGAAGACAGACGCGAAAUUAAAUAUCCAUGACUGUUAGAAAUUCUCCACAGCGGUGAAGGCCUGUGACGCCCGCAGCAGCAGGACGAGCUGCCUUUUGAACCUCGCUCUCUGGAGACGGGCUUCAGAGACACGGCGGGAUCUGGCAACGUCUCAGGGGGCGCGCAGAGGAACAGCUUCAAAGCACAUGCAAGCACCCCUCCAUCCACCCAGCCACGCUCUUUCCCUCCCCGUCCCCCGCCACGGGCACGGCCCCCACGGCUCCGGGUGCGAGGGGCCACCUUCCCCACCGACUCUGCACCACGGAGGCUCCACGAGCUGAAGACACGCGCUUCGGUUCCGUCUGUGACCGCUCUUAAUUUAUUUCUUUGUUCCAUGGCUGUAUUUAUAUGUUAGCUAACUUAUUUGGGUCCUUGAAGCCGACACUGUACCUAAAACUGCCGCCAAGUCGAGGGAAUCCCUCCGGGAAGGUCACAUAUUUGUUGUAACAUACAUAAUGUAACUGCCUUUGUUUUCAGUCUGUGUGAGAAGAUGUGUGUUUCUUCAUGUCGCUGACGUGCACAGGAGGUGGCGAUGCUGUAAUCCAGGGCCCUGUGAGCUUCAGUAAGUGGACGGAAUCAAAGGAUGAAAAUGGCAUUCAAUGAAGUAUUGUGGAUUUCCACGAGUAUUGUGUUAUUUUAUUUAUUUUUUUUCACAUUUUGCAAUUUUCAAACUGUUUUAACGGAAAGGAAUGGCCAAAUGAGUUCAAGGAAGUUGAGUAGCAAUCAGGUCUGCUGUCAUUAGUUCCACUCGAUCGUCUGAUUGAUGUUCAGAGCCGCCAAACAGCCAUGAUUCCUCUGAUUACAUUUUAUUUUCAUAGACUCAGAUUUAAAAAAAAAAAAAAAAAUUAAAAAUGGGCAAUCUUGACAAAGUCUGCUGUCUUAUGUUGUACAGUGUGAGGGGUUCAAGGACUGUUGCAUUCUGUUGGCAGCUCAUGAAUUUAUCAAUAGCUUGAUUACAUGUGAACAACACAAGACGAAAAAGUAUGGAAUACCUAAGGCAACAGAAAUACUCUAACAAGGUGCAGCCCUAAAGUUAACAUUUAAUUUUAAAAAAUCCGUUGAAAGAAGAAAGUUAUCAAAACAAACCUCAUCGGGGCCCUGGAACAUGUAUCUUUUAGUCAGUGACAUAAGCAGGAGCUGGUGACGCUGUAAUCCCAUGUGGGUGGGUUUUUUUGUUGUUUUUGUUCUCUAAUGUUUAUUGUGUUACUGUUUUCUGUAUCAUUUUUAAAGUCUUUGUAUCGCAGCUGUUUUUUCUUCUUCCUUCCUCCCUUACUUAACCCAAAAACAUAAAGCGGUUAUCCAA